UGUUUGAUGCUUUCAGUGAUUGUUGAUCAUUUCUAUCUAUAGUACAUGAUAAAGAAAGUGCAUCUGUGAAGAUCGCCGUUCUUUGCAUUCUUUCCAUCCUUCCUUGUCCCGUUUUCAUUUUCCAGUCAUGAGCAUCGUCAUUCUUCUCUUUUUAUACCUGUAGACUCUAGGACCCCCCGCUUUCCAAAGUUGAGUGUAUAAUGAUGUAAACUGUACAGAAAAUGUCGAGAAAAGAAAAGUCGUAAUACAUAAGUUUGCCCAAAAUAGUACAAGAUCUCCCGCGAUGACGCCGAACUAUUGAAAAAACCAAACCCGCUUGUGAUAGGAUGAAAAUGCUCGGCAGAAAAAUGAAAACGAAAGAAAAAAAAUAAUGACCCGCAUUUGAAUAUCCACCUAUUCGCAGUAGCUUCUCUCGCUAAAAUCAUCGCUGAUAAGUACCGGACAAGCUCAGAAAGUGCCUAAGCCGUGUCUGAUGUCAGGUCUGGACUUGUGCCCCCUUUCAUAGUGAUGCUGAUGAUAAAUGGCGUGGUGUGGACAACCGGGUCCAGAGGUUGGAAAUGACGUCAUAUGGCGGGUGCACAAAGACCGUUCCCAGUUCGGGCUUCCUCAGGCAGCGUUUGGGAAGCCGGUGAUUUGCCAGAAACAGUCGUGUUCACACAAUACUCCUCAGCAUCUUUCCGACCCGCUCGGCUGGCCUCGCUGCUCCUUCCGCGUGGCUGAGUAACACCGACAAAAAUCAAUGAUGCAGGAGCGCGGAGAACAGAGACUGCGCAAAAGGCCAAAGACGGCAAGGAACGCCAAAGACCCUGCAGCGAGCGACGCCAUGACGGACCCUGAAUUUUGGCGGGGUGCCACGGGAGACUCACUCCGGCCAAUCAGAGGGCGAAGUUGGGUUGCAAGCCCAUGUCUUAGACUAGAGCCCCUCCCUUUCUGGCCUGCCCAGCCCAGCCUGUCCAGUAGCGUGCUGCAACAGCAGACGUCAUCACUGUGAAAGUGAUUGCAUCGCGCUCUGAUGACGGAGUCGAAUGCAAUUUGGCGAUGUGAUCGACAAGACAAAAAAAUGUCUAGUUCCUGCACGCUAUGACGGUAGAUUGGACCCUGAAUUUCAGAAGCGAUGACGCUUUUGCCAAUCAGGAACACACGGGUGUUUUCAGCA